AUGGCUACCAUCCUUGCUCCAUACAACACUGCCAUGCGCCUGGGCACUGGCUUUAACUCUUUCACCCAGCAGCUCUGUAUCGACAAUGCCGUCGUCCGCAAUGACAAUGCGGAGCCCGCCUUGGAGAUUGAACUCAAGGAGAAAGACAUCCCCCAGGAGGUGACUUACAAGACAUCUAUUGUCGAUAAGGUCACUGAUGUGACCAGUGCUAUGAAUAUCAGCGCGGCAUUCCUCAUCAAGUAUGACAACUUCGAUGCCAAGGGCAAGGGUUCUUUCCUGAACACGUCUAAGGUCAAGGAGAGUGAUGUUAGCUUCAUGAUUUCUGUCAAGGUCGUGAACCAGGUGAUUCAAGAUCACUCUUUGACUCAAUUCAACCCUAUUUCUGGGCUCAAGGGCCAGAAUUUCACCGAGGUCUACGGUGACUCUUUCAUUUCUGGGUUCCAAUAUGGUGGUGAAUUUACCGCUGUCAUCUCCGUGAAGGCCAAAGAGAAGGAAGAUUCCGAGGAUAUCAAGGCCAAAGCUCGAAUUCUCUUCACUAAGGACAAGGGCAGCCUCGAUGUCAACGGCAAAUUCAGCAAGGAGAGCGAAAGCUUCUUCACAGAGAACGAAACCACCGUUUCGGUGACCUAUACCGGUGGUGGCCAGCACCUGAAAGAACGCGACGACGACUGGACAUUUGAGACUAUGAAGACUGCCGCCCUCAAAUUCCCCUACCUCGUAGCAGCAACACCCAUGCGAACCCACGCAAUCUUAACCAAGUACUCCUCCCUACGCAGCUACUACGCCGCCAGCGUACCCACCAGUCUCCCCAGUUUCGAGCAUGCCGGAGUCUACACAGCCCUCCUGCAGGAAGCCUACCUUGACUACAAGACCGUAGCCAAGAACCUCCAGGUCCUCGCAUACGAUGUGUCCGCCGGUACCCAGACCCUCAAGAUGUCGUCGGCGGGUGGCGAAAAGAGCACUGUUGCCGAUUCCACAGACAAGGACUCUUCUAGUGGCAGUGACGACGAUAAUAUGGUUCCUUUCGCCAAGUCUGCUUCGGGUUCUAUCAAGGAUAACUACUCGUUGCCUCCUUUGAUCGUGAAGCGGCCGUACCAGCCCUCUUUGCAGGGUGUUGAAGCUGCCCGGGCUAUGGUCCGCUUGAUGCUGAACCGUAUCGUUCAGGAGGUUGAUCUCAUUUCUAAGAUGCCGGAACUUGCUUCGAGGGAGGAUCGGCUUUUGCCUUAUAUGAGUCCUUUCCUGUUCAAGGAGCUCUUGCCGAUUGGAGAGCUUGUGACCAAGACUGUUCCUGUUCCGGAUGCUACUGGUCCUAUGGAAGAGGUUCCUUCGAUCAAGCAGCAGAUUUCCGGCGGGAGGAUCUUUGCCUGA